AAUGACAUUUAUUACGUAAUCUGGUUCGAAACUUUGUUCUAGAACCGCUUGCUAAAGAUUACAGCGGUGUUUCAGCAUUGGAAGGAAAAUGCGUUUCAACACUCAGUGAUUAGCCAUGGCCGAAUCAAAGGAUGAGACGUCCUCAGCUUGCAGCUCUGAAGUUUGCGACGAGACCCAGUUGUCAACUUUCUUGGAGAGUCUAAACAAGAGUCGCAAUGAGGAGUACCUCUGCGAUGUGGUGCUCGUAGCAGAGGACAAGCGCUUUCCUGUUCACAAAAUCGUCAUCACGUCUGCAAGCGAAUACUUCAAGAUCAUGUUCUCUACCGAUAUGAAGGAGAAGACACAAGAAGAAGUGGUGUUACACGGAGUGACAGCAGAGGGUUUAAAAGUCAUCUUACAGUUUAUCUAUACCACUAAGGCUGUCUUGACAGCUGACAAUGUACACGAAGUGCUGGUGACAGCACAUCAUUUUCAGAUCUCCAAGCUGGUCAAGUGUUGCGAAGAGUUUGUGGCGAAAGAAGUCAAGGUGGACGAAGAGAACUGGGAUAAUUUGGCACAGAUUGCUUCCCUGUAUGACCUUCAGCAUCUUAGACAUGCCGUGCAUUGUUAUCUGUUAGAGACAAUCAACAAGUCAGGAGAAGGUGUGUCAUGUUUUGAAGAUAAGCUGUGCGAUCUACCAGUGGAGCAAAUUGAGCUACUGCUGGGGAGUAACGAGAUUGAGAAGUUGUCAGAACUUCAGCUCUUUCAUUUGGCGGUACGGUGGCUUAAACACGACAGUUCGCAUGAGAGUUUUGCGAGUCGUGUCAUAGAAAACAUCAGGUUCGUGCUGAUUUCGCGGGCAGACCUGACCUGUCACGUGGAGGCAGUUGACUUCAUGAUGGAGGACGUGAGAUGCAGACAGAUGGUUGCCGACGCCGUAUCGUACUUGAGCUUCCCGUUGGCUAUGCCGCUACUGCAGACAGCCAAGACACAAGUACGCGCAAGUCAGACCAUGCAGGACAUCCUUGUCAUUGGUGGAGCAAGAGGAGGUGUGGCAAGAAACACUGUCUACCGACUUUCAGAAGGCAAGAGUGAUGCCUGGCUUGUCGGACCAGGUUUACCCCAACAGUAUGCGGUCAGUCACCACGGUGUUGCAGCAAUCGACAACUUCGUUUAUGUCAUAGGAGGGCAGACUAGGACAGACCCCACUGGGUUGUCAACGACAAACAGGGUGGUGAGAUAUGACCCUCGUACCAACACGUGGAUCGAAGUUGCGCCGUUCAUGCAAGCGAGGGCAUGCUUCGCCACGAGCGUACUCAACGGAUGCAUAUAUGUAACAGGAGGCGGAAACUCUUAUGAGAUUCUCAACUCUGUAGAAAAGUAUAACCCUAAAACGAACAAAUGGUCGUUUGUGGGGAGUCUGUUACAGCCGUGCUACGCUCACGCUAGCGUUGUCCUUGACAAUAAACUGUACAUCAGUGGUGGUGCACGAGAUGGCAGGUUUCAUAAAGACGUCUGGGUAUACGACCAAACAGUAGACGGGUGGCAACGCUCCCGGAACAUGAACUAUCGGAGAGGAUGGCAUGCGAUGGCGGCCAUGCAGGACAAACUUCUCGUGAUGGGUGGUAAGACGAAUGAAAAUGAAAACUACCCGAACAUGAGAUUGGGCUUUCACACCAUCCCGCACCUCGUUGAGUCUUUCGAUCCCGCCAGAAACGAGUGGACCGUCAUGAAACGGCCGCUCAUCCACUCGCAGUGUGAAGCUGGGUCAGUCGUGACGGACUGUGGGAUCUUUCUCGUCGGCGGGUACAGUUGGCAGAGCCAGGAGCCAAUGAAAACAGUGCAGGUGUACCGCCCUGAUGAGAACACCUGGUGGUACUACAAGAGCCUUCCUGAGCCACUACAGGGGGUCGGGGCCUGUGCAGUCACCCUUCCUUCAUGAAUUCUAACCAUUGGCAAGCAGUGCUGAAAAAACAAACAAUUAAAGACCUCUUUUUGACUCAAGGUUAUAUAAAAGACAUAUAGGAUGCCUAGGUUAUAUGAAAUGCUGUAUGCAA